AUGGGUCGCAACGGCCACCGACGGGUUGCUAGCAUCAUCAAGGAGAGCCGGGAGGAACCGGAGGAGGGACCACAGGAUGCUUUGAAAGAGGUUCCAACCCCGCUACGAGGAGGGCGAAGCGGUGUCAAAACUCCGGUAAAUGCACUGGAAGAAGUUAUGCGGCGGCGAGGUGUGGAUGAGGCUUGGGAUGCCCUUGAGCAGAUGCAUGCCGAUGGCAAGACAACGGACAAGUACACUGUCUCCAGGAUGUUGAUGAAGACCGUAGGUGAUGGGCAAGCCCAUUUGGAUCCAACGAGAGCGUACAGGGGAAUCGCGCUUGUCGAGCGAUUCAUUGAGAUGCAACCGGAGGAUGUCGAUGAGGUCUUGUUCAAUGCCCUGCUGGACACAUGCUGCCGACUCAAGGACUUGAAAAGGCUUGAAAGCUGCGUGACAUGGAUGCGGCAGCUAAAGGUCAGGCCCUCGCCCAUAACGCUGGGCAUCCUGGUGAAGACGUAUGGGCAAGCUGGUGACUUGGACAAGGUCCUGGCAGCUUGGGAUGAAAUGGAGGAACAGCGAGGCCAGGCCAACUCGGUCACAUAUGGAUGCAUGUUGGACGCAUGCGUGAAGUGCGGCAACCUGCAGAAGGCAGUCGAGGUGUUCAAGGGUAUGCGUGCCACGGGAAAGCACCGCAACACAAUCUUGUACACCACGAUGAUCAAAGGCUAUGGUUUGCAUAAAGACUUGGAUAAUGCCCUCGAGCUCUUUCAUGAGAUGCGCGGUGAAGGGGUUCCCUACAACACGAUCACCUACAACUCGAUCCUGGAAGCCUGCGUCAAGUGCGGUGACAUCAUCUCUGCUGAGAACAUCCUGGAGCAAAUGGUGCAGACAGAGGUAGACAUUGAGCCAGACCUCAUCAGCUACUCCACGGUCUUGAAAGGCUAUUGCCAAAACGGUGAGCUGCUCAAGGCACUGUGCAUGUUCGAUGACAUGAAGGAACGCUGCCUUCGAUGCGACGAACUGGUUUACAACACCCUCAUGGAAGGCUGCGUUAAGUCCGAUGACUGGAAAGCAGGCUGCGGCAUUUUCGCUGAGAUGGUGGAAUGUGGUCUCAGACCAUCCGCCAUCACAGCUAGCAUCCUGUCAAGGCUUUUCCAACGCGUCGGCCAUGAAGACGCAGAUGAGCGAGUCACACUCCUCUUUGCAGC